GGAAAAUUGAGUUGUCUGUGCAGCCAAGAAACCAGGGGUUACAGCAGCGAGCGGGACACAGCUCGAGAAACUUGCAGGUGUCCAAAAAUGAUUGAGAUAGAGCAGGCAGAGGCCCAGCUCUCUGAGUUAGAACUGCUAACCAGUAUGUUCCCUGGUGAGAAUGAGCUCCUAGUGAAUGACCAGCUGGCUUUAGCAGAACUGAAAGCUUGUAUUGAAAAGAGGACAAUGGAGGGGCGCUCUUCAAAAGUUUACUUUACUAUCAAUAUGAACCUGGACCUAUCUGAGGAAGCAAUGGUGAUGUUUUCUCUAGCCUGUAUUCUUCCCUUUAAGUACCCUGCAGUUCUGCCUGAAAUUACUGUCAGAUCAGUAUUAUUAAAUAGAUCCCAGCAGACUCAGCUGAACACAGAUCUGACUGCAUACCUGCAAGAGAAUUGUCUUGGAGAUGUCUGUAUAUUGAAUGCCACAGAGUGGGUCAGAGAACAUGCCUCUGACUAUGUCAGCAAAGAUGUCUCAUCUUCCCCCAUCACAGGAAGCACAGUCCAGUCAGUCGAUCUCAUCUUCACCAGACUCUGGAUCUACAGCCAUCAUAUCUACAACAAAUGUAAAAGAAAGAGUAUUCUAGAGUGGGCAAAGGAGCUUUCCCUGUCUGGGUUUAGCAUGCCUGGGAAACCUGGUGUUGUUUGUGUGGAAGGCCCACAAAGUGCCUGUGAAGAAUUCUGGUCAAGACUCAGAAAAUUAAACUGGAAGAGAAUUUUAAUUCGCCAUCGAGAAGAUAUUCCUUUUGAUGGUACAAAUGAUGAAAUGGAAAGACAAAGGAAAUUCUCCAUUUUUGAAGAAAAAGUGUUCAGUGUUAGUGGAGCCAGAGCAAACCACAUGGACUUUGGUCAGCUGUAUCAGUUCUUAAAUGCCAAAGGAUGUGGAGAUGUUUUUCAGAUGUUCUUUGGUGUGGAAGGACAAUGACUGAGUAGAAGAGUAGUUCAAAGGAUUUUGGCCUUUUGAUUUUUUUUUACCACUUUUUCUUGAAAGAUUAAGUAAUCUUAGCUCCAUUGUAGAACGCAGGGGGAAAAAAACAAGAAAAAGUAGUAUAGAUGGAAUGCAUCUGAUAAAAAUAUGUCAUGAUUGAAAGCAGAACUGAGUUUCAAAUUAUAAUCUUAAAAUUAUUG